ACCCAUCAUUGUCCAAUAAAAUCAUUGGAUUCCUUGUUAAAAAUCUCAUGUUUUUCCAUAAAAACAAAGGAAUGGCCCAGGGAUAACGUCCAUCUUUGUCCAAUGAAAUAAUUAAAUUCCUUGUUAAAAAUCUAAUUUUUUUCCACCAAAAAAAAAAAAAGAAAAAGCAAGAGAGGCACAGGGAGAGUGCCCAUCAUUUUUUUUUUGUGAAACCAUUAAAUUCCUUAUUAAAAAUCUCAUUUUUUUCCCCAUAAAAAUCAGGAAUGGCCCAGCGGGUAGCGUCCAUAUUUUUUUUUUUUUUUUGUGAAAUCAUUAAAUUCCUGAUUAAAAAUCUCAUUUAUUUUUUCCCAUAAAAAUCAGGAAUGGCCAAGCGGGUGGCGUCCAUCUUUUUUUUUUUUUUUGUGAAACCAUUAAAUUCCUGAUUAAAAAUCUCAUUUAUUUUUUCCCAUAAAAAUCAGGAAUGGCCCAGCGGGUGGCGUCCAUCUUUUUUUUUUUUUUUUUCUGUGAAACCAUUAAAUUCCUUAUUAAAAAUCUCAUUUAUUUUUUUUUUCCCAUAAAAAUCAGGAAUGGCCCAGGGAUAACUCCCACCAUUGUUCUUUCUCGUAGCCAUCCGUGGUGCCAGGAGGAUCCGCCCUCUCCAUGGCGUUUGCGCCUCCCAAAAACGCGGCUGGUUCCAAGCUCCAGCUCCAGCUGAGCGCUUGGACUCCCCUGAACCACCAGCUCAUGAACGACCAGGUAUUUGAAGAAAGAAGAUCCCUGCUUGGAAAAUGGUUUGACAAGUGGACAGAUGGCCAGAGGAGGAAGAUCCUGGUGGACCUGCUGGAACGCUGCUCCCUGUCCCAGCAGAAAUUCUGUGCCAAGCAGCUCCAGGCUCGAGUCCCCACCGAGGCCGUGGAUUUCACCACGAGGCUCCCUCGGGUCCUGUCCUUGUACAUCUUUUCUUUCCUGGACCCACGGAGCCUCUGUCGAUGUGCACAGGUGAGCUGGCAUUGGAAGUACCUGUCGGAGCUGGACCAGCUGUGGAUGCUGAAGUGCCUGCGUUUUGGGUGGCUCAUCAACUUCUGCCCCACGCCCUUCGAGCAGGGAGUGUGGAAAAAGCACUACAUCGAGAUGGUGAGGGAGCUGCGCCUCACCAGGCCCAAGACUCCUUCCAAGGACGAGUUCAUAGUUAUCGACGUGCAGCCAGUAAAAAGCAACGUCCCAGAGAGGAAACUUCCCAUGGCAGGGCGGGGGACAACCAGGGGGAAAAAAGAGCUCCCUCCUUGGCGUUCCUCCGACAGGAACCCCACAGACACCAUCCGCUACAACUACCUGGACAACUCUGACCCCAUCGAGCAGGCCACGCAGGCGAGGAGGAAGGGAGGAGGGCACACCCCAGACCUGAGCAGGCAGGAGGCUGAGAGGAAGAAGAGAGGGGGUCGUGGAUCCGCUCGUCUCCGCAAGGUGAAAUCCCUGUUGUCACUUCCUGCAGACCUGGAUCCUGUCCCAAAGCCCCCAGUCCGUCCCAGCUGGGCCUCACCUCACCAGACAGAGGCCAAGGCUCUGGCCCGGAGCUCCCUCUGGAACGCCGGGAUUCGGCCGGGACCUGUCCGAGCUCCAAAGCGGCGGCAGAGAGGACCCGGAGAUGUCCCCAGGGGGGACGCCAGGUCCCCGUCACCUCCUCUGUUUGAAGUUCAGCCCUGGCCCAUUCCUUCAUCCAACCAAGGAUCCGACACGGAAUAA